UUUAUUUACCACUUUCUCUAAAGGCGCUUGAAUGCAGCAAUUCCUCAGCGAACAGGAGUAGAUUUGUAGCGGUAAUAUUAGCAAAAUAAAGUCGUUAAUCGCACUCUUUUGUUACUUAAAUCAUUAUGAACGUAUUUCUGAGACCAGUUUUUAUUGUAUUAUGACAAUAUAGCUAAUAUCCUGUUGCGUUUUCUCAGCUAAUCCCGUUAGGAUUUGCGCAGAACCCAAACAUACUAGCAACGGUAAUAAUUUAGCCAAAAUGUCCACUGAUGUUAAACAGCGCAAAAAGACUCAAAAACCAAACGAUGAACUCUCUGAAACGUCGUCUGCAAACGGCAAAAAUGUGGCGCAAAAGGCGAAGACGGAAGACAAUUUCACAGUCAAUAAAACCUCCUCGGGUCCCGACGUUAAAAGUUUAAUCUGUUUAUUGUCGCUUAUAACUUGCGGAGUUCUUAGCUGGUUGGUGCUGCUGCAGAACGAGAGGUUUUCCCAGAUAGAGGAAAAGUACAAAUCCCUACACGGGAAAACCUCCAGCCUGGUGGAGAUGGAGGAGGAAAUGCUGAAAGUCUCCAAAAAGUGUGAGCGCGUCCAGCUGAUGCUGGAGGGUCUGGAGGCUGAGCGGGGAGCUCUGCAGCCUCAGAUGGAAGGUUUGGAGCGGGAUGUCAACCAGCUGAAGGAGUGGGCCUCCGGUUUGAGCGAGAAGCGAGCGCAGCUUGACAGAAGCUUGAUUUCACUAGGAGACGCCGUGGAGCAAAUCGAAGAGCGCACGUCGGCCAUCACAAAGGAUUUUGCUAACAAGGUGUCGUCGGUGAGGACAGACGUGCGCAGGAUGGACGGCCUGCGGUCUGAGCUGGACUCUCUGCUGACCCAGGUAGGCCAGCUGGAGGAGAAGACCUCCCAGGUGGAGCGCAGCAUGGUGAAACGCAUCGGGGACGUUCUGGCCAGCAGCAUCGACCGCGUGUCCAACCUCCGCUCUGCGUCCGAACGCAACGCACAGGCCAUAGAUCAGCUCCGCAGACGCAUCCCCGAGCUCGUCGCCGCCACUGAGCGGGCCUCGGAUCGCUUGUUGGAGCUGGAGAGCGGCCGGGCCCGCCUCAUAAGGACGGUCACGUUUGCUGCUGAUCUCAAACCAAAGGUGGCGUCUAUUAAAAGAGACUUUGGGGAGUUUGAGCCUCAGCUGUCAGACCUGACUCUCCGGAUCGGGCGACUGGCAGAAGAUCUCACCAAGAGGGAGGAGGAGAUCGCCGAGCUUCGGCAGACUUUAGCAAACCUCACUGCUGUUGAGGGAGAUUUGAUUUCUACAGCGAAACACGUCAGCGAAAUGUCCGAUUUAUCCGAUAUUUUAGAAGCACACAAGCCAACGUGAGAGGGUUAAAUGUGUUUUAUGCUGAGCUGUUUCAUCAGACCACCUGUCAUCACUGCUGCAAAAAUGUUUUUAUUAAAAAGGAUCAAAAACACGAACCUUUGCUGCUUUAUCAGGGUAUCCGCGGGUCCUUAAAAAGUCUUAAAUUUGCUUUUACAAAUUUAAGGCCUUAAAAAUCCUUUAAAAUGACAAAUAAUCCUUAAGUAGUUUCCAAAGGUCUUAAAUUACCAAAGACCCAAUAAACAAGAUUCUUUUAUUUCUCUAAAAUUUUCAUGAAUUUCUAGUGUUCAGCAUUUUUUCUGUAUGAUAUUUGCAUAAGCGGAACCGUACACAUUCAGUUGGUUGUGAAAAGGGGUUAUUUUUAGAUGAGCACAUUAGCUGGUUAAGCUAGUGGGAGCUUGUGUCACGGGGAGGUGCAAGUUUAAUGGUAACUGGAUGGCUAAUCCCACGUUUGCGACGUGGUUAGCACCGGUUCUAGGCAAUAGCUGGAAAUCAUAGCUUAAAUUUAAUUUCAAAAAAUAGCUUACAUUUGGUCAAAGUGGCCUUAAAAAAGGUCUUAAAAAGUCUUAAAUUUGGCUCCCUUAAACCUGUAGAUACCCUGUUUAUGGAUCCUCACAAUUACAACUUUAACAAAACCUGGAAAUUCCGUUUUCUUGAGCUUUUUUCGUCGUCUUUACAUUUGUGACAUACUUUUAAGUCUCUAAAUGCCUCCCAGCAACUGUCUCACACAGAAAAAUGACGAGCUUUAAAAGAAAAUAACUGUGAAAAUGAGAACGGCUCAAUGAUCGAGCAGUUUUGUUCUUUCACGCCCGCGGGUUGUUUCUGCUUGUGAGCUGUAUGUGGCAGAUUUAUUAGUUCAAUUAUGCUUUUUAUUUAGUCCACCCCCACCCUUAUUUAUCUCAUUUCAUCGUGAAGUUCAACCCCCACAAAUAAAUCAUUCAGAACUUCUGAG